GGCGACGGAGCGCCGUCAUCGUCUACCGAUUCCGACGACUCGGAUGCUGAAGAUUUACCAGUGAAGCUUGGCUCUUGCCACAUUUAUUUUGUAACGAUAAACGACGAAGUAUUUUCAAAUGUAUCGAGUGGCAAACUUGUAGUCCACAAAGCGUUUCAUCGAUAUGUUGUUCGAGCCAAACAAGGUGGAGCGCAAGGCGCCAAAGACAAAGAGAAAGGAACUAUUCACUCUGCCGGUGCUACUCUUCGCAGAUACAAUGAACGUGCACUGGCUGAAGAUAUUGUAAAAGUGUUAGGAACCUGGUCGGAGUUUCUCGCAGCCACACCAUUGAUAUUUAUUCGAUGUGCCAGUUACCAACGUGUGAUAUUUCAUGAUAUUGACGAGAAUGGAUUUGAUAGGAGGGACCCAAGACUGAGAACCAUUCCGUUCGAAACAAAGCGUCCACUUUUGGACGAAGUUCGAAGGACUUGGGAACGAUUAGGAUCGGUCACAUGCCAUGGACCUAUGAAAGACUUCCUCGCUGAAAGAUCAAAGCGAAA